AUGGCACCCCAAACGGGCCCAAUAACCGUAACAGACCCCAUAUUACGAAUACUAUGGAACUUGUUAUUGGAUCCGCAACGCCGCAAGGCACGCAUACGGCUACAAUUUAUAUUUGGACACUGUGGCGUUGCGAAGAAUGAGGCGUGCGACAAGGAAAACAAGACGGCCUCGGACCUACCACAGCGCACAGGGAGGUGGAUACCAGAUGUAGUAGCGCUGGCGAAACGUCAAAUACACAGCCAGCUGCCCAAACCAUCCACCCACCGCUCCAGCAUCAUGGGGCAUUGGAACCCCACACGCAAUGACCCCAGCUUAGGUCGAGAAGGGGGGGGGAGGCAGCCCCAGCUCGUUUUUGCACUGGCGCAUCUCACCGCUACGGCUGGCUGCUUCGAGCCUUGCGGCCCACCGCGCGAAAUACACCCAGGCGGUGUAACCCCCAAAGGGCCCCCUCCCCCACUCAAAAAGUCUCGCGUAGAAACGGCUGCAGCAAACGCAGAGGCAGCGCCGCUGCGUUACCGUGGCCCGGCCGACUGUCCAGAGGGCCAAACCGGCUUCAGCUGUCGGGCAAGCGUUGUGACUCACAUGGGCAAAAAGCGCGAGUCCACGGAAGACCAGCCCCGUGGAAAACCAACCAUCCCACUGCUGAGGGGCCGCCGGACAUCCCGCCAGAACCCCCCCCUCCCUUCCCCCCAGCACCAAGGCCCAAACGCACAACACAGGAGAAGAGACCCAAGCCCGAUAGCAAAGAAGCGUCGAGGAGAAUUUGCUUGCCAUCCCUGCGCGGCAUCGCGAAAAGCCCAGAGGGGAUUAACACGGCACCUUCGCCACUUCCACCGCCAACAAUACCAAAGCGCAGAACGUAAAGGCACACGUGGGGUGAAGAGAACGCUACAAAAUCGCCUUUCUAAUGCGAACGCUGUGGGUUCAGAGCCCUUGAUGAUGUGGGGGUGCUCCCCCGCGCCCGUGCUAGGCAUCGUUCCCCACAAGAGACGCCACGCGCAGUGGCACCACGACCCAAACUGUGCUGCCCGAUAUGCCAGGCGGUCAUUCGCAAUGCUGGGGAAAUGGCGACCCACAUGA